AUGAUGCACAGGCUGUGCUCGAAAAACCUCACGGAAGAGAACAUCGACGAGGUGAUCCAAUCCGAGAAAUCGAUCAAUGAAAAACUGACUCGAGAAAAUGAACAGAUAAAAGAAAAAAACGGACAGAUACAACAGCGACUGCUGAGUUUCAUCCAGGACAACUUUAUCUUUGAAAGUAAUUCAACGGAGGAUGUGCACAAAUACAACGGCGUUUUGCUCUCCCUGAUUGACUAUAUGGAUCGACUAAAAAUGGUAGACUCGUACAUGCGAAAGGAGACGGACGGACUGUUGGAGGAGUUCUUCCGCUGCAUUAAGGAGGCCAUCGUGAAGCAGAGCAACUUGUGCUACCUCAUCAGGGAAGACAUGAAUCAGCUCAAAAUCAGUGGAAAGGAGGAGGCAUUCCGGAAGCACGUGUUAGCCCUGAGGAAGUUGUACGAGCAUAACAGCGUGCUCCGUGCACAAGUGUCGCUUUUUAACUCAUUUAAAUUGAAGGACGAAAAUUUAAUUCACGCGAACUUCGAGCAGCUACAGCUAAGGUACAAGAACUUGAGGAGUAAGGGAAGCUGUCUGGAGAAAAAAAUAGAAAACCUGAAUCAGAAGAUAAAACGGUCGACGGAGAAGAAGCUGCACUACGACGAAAAGAAUCUGUACUUGGAGAAGAUGCUCGAAGAGAAGCAGGGGGCGCUGGACGAAUCGCAGAGUGCCAUAUGUAGCAAAAAGAAGCUUGUUAAUGAACUGAAGAAGAAAAAAGACGAGUCUAUUAAAAAGUACAGCGAAGUGGAAACGAGCGUCAUUACCAAAAAUGUAUUCGAGGAGUUUCACGAGAAGAAGAUACAUUUGGACAGAUUGAAGGAGAAGCUCGAAGAGGUGAAGCAAAAGUAUGAGCGAUUGCAGAAGGCUCACGAGGUGAAGUAA